CUCCUCGGGUGUCGCUCCUCUCCUCCAUCCUGUUUUUCUAUCAGCUGAAAGAGAAGACUUGGAGAGCCCGGCUUAAACGGAACAAUCCUCCUGUAGGCUGAAUGCACUCAACCUAACAGGACGGAACACCGAGGAUCAACGCGUUAUACACACACAGUCGACUCACAAACAGAUGCUAGAGAGAAAAUGUGAAGGUCUUUAGUUGUCACAGUGUUGGAGUAGUCAACAGUAACCGGGAAAGAUGGCGAGGACACAGACUCGCAUGUUCCUCGCCUUGGCUUUGCUGGGAAUGUUCUUCCUCGAUGUCUCGGUGAAAGGAGAGCUGCAGGGCGAGCAACAGGAGGAGGAGAGGUCCUGUCAGGGCGCCUUCGACCUCUAUUUUGUCCUGGACAAAUCUGGAAGUGUGAAGAAUCACUGGAUAGAAAUUUACUCCUUUGUUGAGAAGCUGGCAGAGAAGUUUAUCAGCCCCAUGCUGCGAAUGUCCUUUAUUGUCUUCUCCACACGAGGACACAUCAUCAUGAAACUGACAGAGAACAGGGAGGCCAUCACUGGAGGCUUAACGGUUCUGAGAAAGGUUAUCCCUGGAGGAGACACAUUUAUGAACUUAGGCCUGGAGAUGGCUAAUGCGCAGAUAUACCAAGAGAAGCAGGGUACAGCCAGCGUUAUCAUCGCUCUGACAGAUGGAGAACUGAAUGAGUGGCAGUUUGACACAGCUCAGCGAGAGGCACAGAGGGCCAGAUCUAUGGGAGCCAUUGUUUACUGUGUAGGGGUCAAAGAAUUCAACCAGACCCAGCUUGCAACUAUUGCAGACACUAUGGAGCAUGUGUUUCCUGUGUGGGGAAACUUCCAAGCCCUGAGGGGAAUCAUUGACUCGAUCAUCAAGAAGUCCUGCAUUGAGAUUCUAGCAGCCGAGCCGUCCAGCGUAUGUGCAGGAGAGAGUUUCCAGGUGGUGGUGAGAGGCAAUGGGUUUCUCCAUGCCAGAAACAUUGACCAGGUCCUCUGCAGCUUCAAACUGAAUGAUACACUCACUGUGGAUGAGAGACCAGCUGGAAUAGAAGAUACCUUCUUGCUCUGUCCUGCUCCUGUUGUAGAGGAGGUUGGGAGGGUGAUCUAUCUGCAGGUGAGCAUGAAUGAGGGCCUCUCCUACAUCACCAGCUCUGUUCACAUCACUACUACUGAAUGUUUUGACGGCACCAUCGUGCUAAUAUCGUUGCUGGUGGUGUUCCUGCUGUUGGCUCUGCUGCUGAUGUGGUGGUUCUGGCCUCUCUGCUGCACUUUGGUGAUCAAAGAACCUCCCCCACCUCCUCCACCAGAGCCAGACUCAGACGAUGAGGAUGGAAUGCCAAAGAAGAGGUGGCCCACAGUGGAUGCAUCCUACUAUGGAGGAAGAGGAGUGGGUGGCAUCAAACGCAUGGAGGUGCGAUGGGGGGAGAAGGGGUCCACUGAGGAAGGUGCGAAGCUGGACAAACCUAAGAAUGCAGUUGUAAAGAUGCCAGAGCAGGAAUUUGAACCGUAUGAGCCCAAGCCUCGGAAACAACCACGCCACCCCCAACAGCAGAGAAGGUGGUACUCACCCAUUAAGGGGAAGCUAGAUGCUCUGUGGGCUCUGUUCAGGAGAGGUUACGACCAGGUAUCUCUAAUGAGACCACAGGCUGGAGACGAGGGUCGCUGUAUUAGUUUUCAACGGGUCAAAGAUGGGGAGUCUACCCCAAAACACCAGGCUCCUCCUCGCACACAUCACUCUCCCUCGCCACCACCGCCGCCGCCUCCUCCUUCUCAUCCGCCCGCCGAACAGCAACCUCUGGUCUCUAACUCUGUCCCUCGUACAAAGCCUCCAUCGAGAGGACCCCGCACCACACCACCCUCCCGCACACCCCCUUCGGUGGUCCAACCCCCUCCAGGUCCACCCCCAACUCGUGCACCCCCCGGGCCCCCAGGACCCCCGCCAUCUCGACCCCCACCCAGGCUCUGAUGAUGAAGAGAGGGCCUCCGAUUAACAUGUGUUACGUCAACUCAUUUCAUAAAACACCCACAAAUCUAAGAAGCCAUGAGCUCUGACGUGAAGCUCUGUGCUUUGUUGCUGGACAGCAAAAAUAUUUAUAUCAAAAAGUUUCAUAAAAACUUACACAUUUAUAAAAACACAAACAUUAUAGAAACAACAAGCAUGUAGUUACUUGAUAAAGCCUGUAUGUACAGUAUUAGAUGUCAUUUGACUUAAGUGGCAAGAGGAAGUGCAAUCCAACAGAAAGGAUUAAUGUGUUGUUGCAAGUUAGAUUGUGGCAGUUGUGUGUGUAUGAAUGAUAAUGGUAAACAGUUUAAUUUGGGUUGGUAGAGAAUAAUAAUGUAGUGAAAGAUGAUAGCAAUGUUGGUUAUAUUGGCUUUAGUAGUUAAUGUACACUCUCUUAGUUGUAUACAGAUCAGACUGAUUUAUCAUUUUUACCUUUUCAACCACAGAAACGUUUUCUACAUCCUUAAAUUUUAGUGCAAAGGUUCAGUGAACUUAUUGCAACUGCAGGGCAGUUUCUCCAUAUUUUAUUUAUUAUAAUACAAGCCCUGUCUGCAUUUGUAUUCUAUUGAGUAUCGGGUGAGUUUCUGAGUUUUCAAAUCUUUGAGAGAGGGGAAUAUCGAGGUGGGUAUAAGGAAGCAUCCUGGCAUGGCUUCUGAUCUGUUGUGGUCUUAUUAGCAUCAAGUGUAAAAUUGCAUUGAAAGUUUGUAUCUUCAGGGUUCUCCUGUAUACUGCAUUUACUGACUGAAAUGAUCAUUUGCAUUAUUUCUUUAUUUACAACCUUUUGUGUCCGUCUUCAAUAAACUUUUUUUUUA